GUGGUGCCUGUCACACUCUCACUGAACGCCUUCAGGAGCUUUACACCUCGUCAUCUUCAUACAUAGACGGGCAGAGUGAAGGCUCAGAGUCAGCUCAGCAACUAUGGCCAGCAGCAAAACGUGUCUCGUGGCAGUUCUGUGCUCUCUUGUCAUCCUCACCACCUUUAUUAGCAGCGCACAGUCAGCGAGCUGCUGCCUGAGGUACUCCAAGCGUCAGCCGCCUUGCAGACGGAUUCUGGGCUACACCGUCCAGAACAUCAAUAAUUCCUGUGACAUCAACGCCAUUGUCUUCCACAUUGCAGGCAGGUUUGUGUGCGCCGACCCCUCAAAGCUGUGGACCCAGAAAAUAAUGAAGUGUGUGGAUGAAAAGAGGAGGAAGAGCUCUCAGAUCGUGAAGAAGGAAAAUUCCGACAAGGCAUCUGCUUGAUCUCUGUUUAAGUUUCCUCAUCUGCACCCAAGAAGCCAAAAUAUAGGAGCUUCAUUAUAGUACUUCUGAUGCUACAUAUAAAUAUCAUUUAUUGUGUGACCUUUCCUUAUAUUUGUUCUGUUUUAUAAACAGGAAGUGUAGUAUUCUUAAUACAUGUGUGGGCUGUAAGCUAGUGCUUCAAAAAAAAAUAAAAUUAAUUUGAAAGUAA